CUUCACUCUGUGAUCAAAGAUGGCCGUUGUGCUUGAUUCCUUCAUCUCCGGGCUGGUCCGUACGUUGAAGGACAUGGCUAAAGAGGAGGUGGACUUGCUGUUGGGCGUCCCCGGGGAGAUCCAAAAGCUCCAACGUUCUCUCCGCAACAUCCACUCUGUCCUUCGCGACGCCGAGAAGCAGCGGAUCGAGAACGAGGGCGUCAAAGACUGGCUGAUGGAGCUCAAGGAUGUCAUGUACGACGCCGACGACAUCCUCGACGAGUGCGGGAUGGAGGCCGAGAAGUGGACUCCUCGUGAGUCCGAUCCGAGGUCGUCCACCUUUUGCGGAUUUCCCAUCUUUGCCUGCUUUCGCGAGGUCAAGUUCAGACAUGAGGUGGGCGACAAAAUUAAGGGUCUCAACGAUCGGCUGGAAGAGAUCUCGGCCCGAAGGUCCAAGCUGCAACACCAUGUGUCUGCCGCCGAACCAAGGGUGGUUCCUCGAGUUAGUCGCAUAACUUCCCCGGUGCUGGAGUCUGACAUGGUUGGCGAGCGACUGGAGGAGGCCGCCAAGGCACUGGUGGAGCAGCUGACACCCUUGGUGGAGGGUCUCCUGAGAGCGAACAAGUUCUUGCUGGUGUUGGAUGAUGUUUGGGAUGCUCGGAUCUGGGACGACUUGCUCCGCAAUCCUUUGCAGGGAGGAGCAGCAGGGAGCAGGGUACUGGUGACAACCAGAAACGCAGGGAUCGCGAGGCAAAUGAAGGCGGCCCACGUCCACGAGAUGAAGCUGCUGCCUCCGGAGGAUGGCUGGUCCCUCCUGUGCAAGAAGGCGACGAUGAAUGCAGAGGAGGAAAGGGAUGCCCAAGAUCUCAAGGACACAGGCAUGAAGAUUGUUGAGAAAUGCGGAGGGCUUCCCCUGGCCAUCAAGACCAUCGGAGGGGUCCUCUGCACCAGAGGACUCAACAGAAAUGCGUGGGAGGAAGUUCUCCGCAGCGCCGCAUGGUCACGGACCGGGCUUCCCGACGGUGUGCACGGAGCACUGUACCUGAGCUACCAAGACUUGGCGUCCCAUCUCAAGCAAUGCUUUCUCUACUGUGCCUUGUUCAAAGAAGACUAUGUGUUUCGCAGGUCUGACGUCGUCAGAUUAUGGAUAGCCGAGGGGUUUGUCGAAGCACGAGGAGAUGCCAGCUUGGAGGAAACAGGGGAGCAAUAUCAUAGAGAGCUGCUUCAUAGGAGCCUUCUACAAUCGGUGCAACUUUACGAUCUGGACUACGAUGAGCAUUCCAAGAUGCAUGACCUGCUGCGAUCGCUCGGCCAUUUCCUAUCCAGAGAUGAGAGCUUGUUCAUUAGUGACGUGCAAAACGAGUGGAGAAGUGUUGCCGCCACGAUGAAGCUGCGUCGGUUGUCGACUGUGGCCACUGAAACCAUGGGCAUCCGGGAUAUCGUCAGUUGGACCAGGCAAAAUGAGUCGGUGAGGACAUUGUUAUUGGAGGGAAUACGUGGCUCUGUGAAGAAUAUAGAUGAUUCCUUGAAGAACCUCGUGCGACUUCGAGUCCUGCACCUUAGUUACACAAAUAUUGAUAUUCUACCGUACUACAUCGGAAAUUUGAUACACCUGAGAUACUUGAAUGUGUCUCAUAGUCGUGUAACGGAGCUUCCAGAAAGCAUAUGCAAUCUUACGAAUUUACAGUUUUUGAUCCUUUUUGGAUGCAGACAGUUGACACAGAUCCCCCAGGGUAUAGAUAGGUUAGUCAAUCUAAGGACACUCGAUUGUGGAUAUACACACUUGGAGAGCUUACCAUGUGGAAUAGGAAGGUUGAAGCUCCUCAAUGAACUCGUAGGAUUCGUGGUCAACAAGGCUACUGGUUCGUGCCCAUUGGAAGAAUUAGGCAGCCUCCAGGAGCUCAGAUACCUCUUCAUAGAGAGGUUGGAGAGGGCGUGGCUGGAAGGUGACCCGGGAAGAGAUACGAGCGUCUUUAAGGGUAAACAAAAACUGAAGAAUCUAUAUUUGCAUUGCUCAUCCACACUGACAUCCGAUGGUCACACGGAGGAAGAGAUUGAAAGAAUGGAGAAGGUGUUGGAUGUGGCACUUCAUCCACCAUCAUCUGUUGUUUCGCUCAGGUUACAGAAUUUCUUCGGCCUCCGGUACCCCAGCUGGAUGGCGUCUGCAAGCAUCAGUUCGCUUCUUCCAAACAUAAGCCACUUGGAACUAACUAACUGCGAUCAUUGGCCACUGCUUCCACCGCUAGGAAAGCUCCCCAGUUUGGAGUUUCUUUUCGUAGUAGGUGCACGUGCAGUGACCACCAUCGGACCGGAAUUUUUUGGGAGUGAAGCUGCUGCUACUGGUCAUGAACGGGAACGGAAUUCAAAGCGCCCUUCUUCUUCUUCUACUUCUCCUCCUCCGUUGUUUCCGAAACUAAGGCAGCUGGAACUCUGGAAUAUGAAUAACAUGGAAGUGUGGGAUUGGGUAGCGGAAGGUUUUGCUAUGCGUCGCCUCGACAAAUUGGUCCUCAUACGUUGCCCCAAAUUGAAGUCUCUACCGGAAGGCCUGAUCCGACAGGCAACCUCCUUAACCACAUUGUAUCUGAUCGAUGUGUGUGCUCUCAAGUCCAUCGGAGGUUUCCCUUCUGUAAAAGAACUGAGUAUAUGUGGUGACUCAGAUCUGGAGAUUGUUGCUGAUCUCCCUGUACUGGAGCUCUUGAAGUUGGGCACAUUUGGAUCUCGCAUCAAUCAUUUACCAGAGUGGUUGACGGCUUGCCCUGCAUGCUUCACCACACUCCAGAGACUGGACGUGUACGGAACCACCCAACUCCUCCGCAGAUGCCUCCAAAAUGGCGCAGACUGGCCCAUGAUCAAACACUUUCCAAUUUUUUCCAUCAAAGAUGACCGAGGCAAUUGUAUAAACUACAUCAAGCAUUCCGGCACCUUCGAGACAAACCUAGUCAAUGAUGCUGCUGCUUUCGCUACUGCUGCUGCUGAAGAAGAA